AUUGAGUCGGUAAUAUGGACAGGAUUUGUAGCUUUUUUUUCGCUCAGACUCCGCUGAGGGCAGCACGACGGGCGGAGGACCCCGGUGCUCCGGGGAGACGGAGGACGGGCCGAGCGCCGGCCAUGGUGAGCGUGGUAUUCCUGCAUCCCGACCUGGGCAUCGGCGGCGCCGAGCGGUUGGUGCUGGACGCGGCGUUGGCCUUGCGCCGCCGCGGCUGCCGGGUGCAGAUCUGGACGGCUCACCACGACCCGGCGCGCUGCUUCGCCGAGAGCCUGGAGCCGGAGCUGCAGGUGAAGUGCGCGGGGGACUGGCUGCCCCGCAGCGUGCUGGGCCGCGGGCACGCCGCCUGCGCCGUCCUCCGCAUGCUCUUCGUCGCCUUCUACCUGGUCUUCCUCAGCGGCGAGCAGUUCGACGUGGUCUUCUGCGACCAGGUCUCGGCCUGCGUGCCCGUCCUCAAGCUGUGCAGGCGGCCAAAGCGGGUGCUCUUCUACUGCCACUUCCCCGACCUCCUGCUGACCCAGCGGCGGACGCCCAUCAAGCGGCUGUACCGACGACCCCUCGACUGGCUGGAGGAGGUCACCACCGGUCUGGCUGACCUGGUGGUCGUCAACAGCAGGUUCACGGCCGGCGUCUUCAAGCGCACCUUCACCUCGCUGGGCCACCUGGAGCCCGACGUGCUGUACCCGUCUCUGAACUUCGCCGCCUUGGACAGGGAGCCAACGGGCGCCGACGUCCCGCUGCCGCCUGGUAAGGAGCUUGUUUUCCUCUCCAUCAACCGGUUCGAGCGGAAGAAGAACUUGGGUCUGUGCCUGGAGGCCUUGCACGCCCUCCGCGCCAGGUUGGCCUGGGCCGACUGGCAGAAGGUGCAUCUCGUCCUCGCCGGAGGCUACGACCAAAGGCUGGAGGAAAACGUGGAAUAUUACCGGGAGUUGCAGGAACUGGCGGGCCGGCUGCAGCUGACCGACAGCGUGACCUUCAUCCGGUCGUUCUCGGACGAUCAAAAGGUUUGGCUUCUCCGCCGCAGCAGCUGCGUGUUGUACACCCCAAGCAACGAGCAUUUCGGCAUCGUGCCUUUGGAGGCCAUGUACACCCGGCGCCCGGUCAUCGCCGCCAACUCGGGGGGGCCACUGGAGUCAAUCCAAGACCGGGUCACCGGCUUCCUGUGUCAGCCGUCGCCCAGCUGCUUCGCCGAAGCCAUGGAGAAGAUUGUCAGAACGCCAGAAUUACGGGCAAAAAUGGGAGACGCUGGAAGAACUCGAGUACUACAAACAUUUUCUACAGAUGCUUUCGAAGAACAGUUGUAUCGCUAUAUAUGCAAUUUAGCAUAUUGAAACCUACGACAGCGCGGAAUAGCAGUCGCAGUGUUAAUGCGGUUGCACAAGGUGAAAUCUGCCACACUGGCUGAAAACAAUGUUUCUUUCAAUAGCUGGCACACGUAAAGCACAGUAAUAUGGCAGAAUAGUUUGGGGCCCUUGUUAGUGGGGAGGGAUAAGGUGAAAUUAGCAGUGGCGGAAAUGUGCCAGCAAAAGGUCAGGUGGAAUUCAGGACCAGAAGGGAGACACGGGUGUCGCACGAGGAAUGGCAUCCUUCCUGGAGAUGAGAUGAGGGGAUGAUGUGCAAAUGGCGGAAGUUUAACUGGCAACAUGAACAAUUCUUAAUGCAAACAUUUAAAUAUUUUAACAAUGGCUAACGUUUUCCUUCGUGUUUUGUGAGCAAAAAAUCAUAAGUAUACUGCAUUGAUGUUUUGUCAGUAUUUGAAAUGUCAAAUACAAUAUUACAUAAAUCCUUUCAUUACCACAGAAACCACUUAGAAUUCUUUAUUUUUAUGCUUGAAAGUCUGUACACAUUUUUAAAAAAAAUUCAACCAGAUGCCACUGUUUACUUUGGGUGAUAUAUAUGCUUGCCAGUUGCAAAUUCUUCCAACUUUGAAUUUAUCUAGGAAUAACUUGGGUUGUUGCCAGACCAUACCAACAUUAUAUCUUUGCCAGCUAUCCCUUCAUCCAGCAGAGGUGGUAUUAUUGUUUUACACUCAAUGAAGCUCUGUAGCUUUUGCAAUUUUAUGUUAUUUGGUACCAUUGAAAUCAUCAUCUCAUCUAAAUUCUUAUACUCGCUGAGGUGACUGGCUCCCAGCUGUUCUUGUUGAAUGCUAUUGACCUACCUUUGCCUUCAUUGUUGUCACUCAAGCACAACCUGUUAAUUUUAAAGGUUCAGAUGCAUUUUCUGGUGGAGCCCAUUGUUCUAUUGUUGCAUUUUUGAAAGGCUGCCUAAAGGGGCAGUAAAAAAAUCUCCAGAAUGUUAAUGUAUACAUGGAACAUCCCCAACUGUUUGUUGUGGUAGAAGUUAUGUUUAACAUUAAUCUUAUUACAAUCAUUAGUUUCUAUUUUUUAUUGAAUGGAAAUCAAAAUAAAAUCUUAAUCAUGUGAAAUGGCCCUGGAAAUAUAUAUUUAUAUUAAUAAAUGCUUGUUCCAAACACCACCUGCCACCCUCAGAUACUGGACUAUUAUGGAGAAACUAUUAAACUUUGUAUUUCAUACAAUUGAAGACACAAAUCAACAACAAUGUCUUUCUGAACGAUUGUUUUGCAAUUACUUAUGGCAUGUUGCCCCUUACUACUACAUUCUGACUUAUCAUUAGCAGUUCAAUGUGUUCAUGGAAAUUAGAUUUGUAGUAUCUUAAAUGUUCCAUCUCUCUGUGGAUUGACAAUUCCUUUUUCAUAAUUUCAUGUGUAAUCAGUGAGGCAACUUUGAUUCCUCUAUUUCUGAAUCACAGCACCCAACACUUCAAUUAUUAAGUGCAAAACUAAAUAUAAAGGCUCCAAAGAUUAUAAAUUUCACCAUUUGUAAAUCUGUGAAAUUAAUGCUUAAGGCUUAAGUGAGAUUUGUUGAAAAUUAAAAGCAAUAUAUUAAUAUUAACAUUGCAUGGAGGAUGAGAUAUUAUACUGCUUCAGGGUAACUAUAUAAAUUUCAUGUACAAAAUUUUAUAUUUUGGAGCAUUAAUAUUGCCACUGUCCAUAUCCACAAGCUUCCAUAUUUUUAGAAUUGACAAUAGAAUUGUGUUAGUUUAAAAUUAAAUUCAACAGUCUUCUAG